AUGGAUGUUCCAAAAGCACUAAGACUCUGGCUAAUCUAUGCAGUGUUGCUCUUAGUUAGUCAGAGACAUUCAGUGAAUGCACAAGUCGGUGGUGUUAUCGGAGGAGCAGGGAUUUUAGUUCAGAGAGCCGCCUUCUGUUUCAACAAUAACCUUCUCUACAGAGGCUGCAAUGAAGCCUUUAGGCUAAACCAAGAAGGUGAAUUCAAGGUGCCACUUGAGGAAACAGACAAGUUCUGCAACGGGCCUUGUGCAGCGGAGACAGAGCUCGUGCUCAAAUGCGUUAACAGCGUCAUGUCUGAUUUCGUGUUUUACAACCGAGCUACACCGAGAGAUAUCAGGAACACACUUCGUGGUGGCUGCAGUAACUCUUUCAACCGAGGUAACUUCAAUGUUGGAAACUAUGCUCAAGGACUGUUUUUUGGCAAGGCUGAGAAAAAGCUUCCUGGUUUGUUCAUUGGACUAGUUCUUGGUUUCACGCCCUUGAUCCUUUGA